CUAACAACGAUCUGAUACGCUCCACCGGGCCACCUGUCAGAAGUGAUGAUGGCUCAACUUCUCAUCUGGCUCUGGUUCCUGCUCCUUGGCGGUGUCGUCGCUGCCCGAAAGAGCAAUGUUCAGCUCUGCUACAUCGCGGCAGGCGAAGUUGCACCAAGCAACCUUAUUCCAUGUUACACUGACUGGGGUGCACCACAAGCUUCUUGUUGUUUGAAGGGAGAUAUGUGUUUGGAGGGGAACUCUUGCUACGAUCAGUUAACUGGUGUGACCUAUCAGUACGGCUGCACGGAUCUAGAAUAUAAAGACAAGAACUGCCCCCGCAAGUGCCAUCUCGACACCGGU